AAGAGCAGAACUCCAACAACCAGCAUCAGCUCUUCGUGACCCUUCCUGGACUGAACAUCUAUAAAACAAUGGCUUGUGGCAUGAGAUCCUGGACCGUGCUGGUGGCUCUUGUGAUGUGUGUAAUAGUGUGUCUGAGCAGCCAGGCUGAAGCGUACCCACCCAAACCUGAACCUCCGGCGGGAGAAAUGGGUCCAGAUGAGAUGGCCAAAUACCAAACGGCGCUACGACACUACAUCAACCUCAUCACACGACAGAGAUAUGGGAAGAGAUCCAGCCCUGAGGCCGUUGUGGCUGAACUGCUGUUUGGUGAUGAUGAACAGGACAUCAGGCCCCGUGUUGAAGACAGCCUGGCAUGGUGAUGUCACUCCUCUCUCCUCCUCUUCUGUAGCUGGUGCAUUGAGUUUCUUCAUCAGUCCAUCUCAAUGAUCAUAAAUGAGUUACUGAACAGCAGAGACCAGCAUGAGCCAAACCCUCAUUAAAAAGAGGGUUCCAAAACACCUCAUGAUAUCUGUCACUCUCUUUCUCUUUCUCUGUCAUUUGGUUUAAUUUCUGCUUUGUGAAAGACAAUUGUAAAUAAUUUAUUAUUAUUCACUGACAAAAUUG